AUGUCAGUUACAAGUGAUGAGCUAAACUACUUGAUAUGGAGAUAUUUACAGGAAUCUGGUCACGAGUUAUCCACAUUUGCACUUCAGCGUGAAACCAAAGCUCAUCUUUUAGAUGCUCAAUAUUCUAAGCAUAUUUCUAUAGGGGCUCUUGUUAGCAUUGUUCAGAAGGGUAUUCAGUAUAUGGAAGUAGAGGCUUCAAUCAGAGAUAAUGGGGAGCAAACUUCUGAGGAUAAGCCUUUUACGCUUUUUGGAGCUUUACAUGCUGAUGACCAAGAACCUAAAGCUUGUGAAAUUAACAAAUCUUUAAUGACUGAUAAUGAUUUAAAAACAAAUGGGUCAGUACAUACAACCAAGGAUCAAAAUAGAUAUUUCCCGUCUGGCAUAGAGAGCUUUGAAAAAGAACUUCAGAACACCACGAAAAACUCUGAGAUUUUGACAAACACUCAUAUAUUAUGUGAGGACAUGAUGGAUAUUGAUGAAGCAGAUGAAAUCAAAUCUUCAGAUAAGGCAGAAGCGACAGUAAACCAUUCAAACAUAAAUUCCGACCCAAAUAACCAAGAACAAGAACUAAAAUCAAAUUUGCAAGAUGCCAAAAUUCAAGUUCAAUCAAUAACUCUUCCAAAUACAAUUUGUGACUUGUGCUCUAUAUACCAUACAGGUCCUUCAGAAGCUGCCCAAUGGUCCCCUACAUCACCCUCGUCUUUAAUUAUAGCUCAAUCUGAUUCAUCUGCCACUAUUUUCACUUUUCCCAGCUUUUAUAGCGAUAAAAAUCCCGAUUCGUCUUCCUUAAUUGAGCCUUCACAUAUUUUAAAAUUAACACACUCAGUUACUGAUUUCGUUAAUGAGAAAGAAGUAACUGCAGUAUCUUGGAAUUCAACUGGGACUCUAUGUGCUACAGCUACUUUUGAUGGUCAAAUGCGCCUAUGGACUUCUAGUGGAAAGUUGCGACAUAAUCUAAUAUUACACCGUGCACCGGUACUUGUUAUUAAAUGGAACGAAUCAAAUACAUUACUGUUAUCUGUUGAUUGUACAAAUACCGUAGUGGUCUGGGAUGCAUAUAGUGGUGAUGUUCGUCAGACUUUUCAACACAAUAUCAACACCUCACCUACUAUUUACACUCAAACACACAUUUCUUAUUCAAAAGAUUUAACUAAUGGGGGAAAUUAUUCAUCUCAAGAGCCUGCGCAAUCUCAAUCUCAAUCUCAAUCUCUAACACAACAACCACAACCACAACCACCACAUCAAGAACAAAAACAAAAACAACAACUACAACAAGAUCAAGAUCAAGAUCAAUAUCAAGAACAAGAAAAACAACAAGAACAACAAGAACAACAAGAACAACAAGAACAACAAGAACAACAAGAACAACAAGAACAACAAGAACAACAAGAACAACAAGAACAACAAGAACAACAAGAACAACAAGAACAACAAGAACAACAAGAACAACAAGAACAACAAGAACAACAAGAACAACAAGAACAACCACAACAAUCACAACAAUCACAACAAUCACAACAAUCACAACAAUCACAACAGUCUCCACAACAAUCACAACAGUCUCCACAACAAUCACAACAGUCUCCACAACAAUCACAACAAUCACAACAGUCUCCACAACAAUCACAACAGUCUCCACAACAGUCUCCACAACAGUCUCCACAAAAAUCGCCACAACAGUCUCCACAAAAAUCGCCACAAAAAUCACCACAAAAAUCGCCACAACAAUCCCCACCUCAGUCUCCAUCACAGCCUCCACCACAUUUUCCACCACAGUCUCCACCACAGUCUCCACAAAACUCUCCACAACAACAACAACAACAACAACAACAACAACAACAACAACAACAACAACAGCAAUCGCAAUCGCAAUCAAACCAGCUCCAAAUAACUAAUAAUGUAUCAAUUGGAACUGAUGCCGAUUGGAUAGAUCCUUUAACUUACGCAACAACAGGUGAAAAUGCUACUAUUAUUAUCUACAAAAUUAGUGAACGUGGUCCUCUUCUUAAAUUUAGAGGACACACUCAAGGAAUAAAUAGUCUUCAAUUUGAUUCUAAAACUCAACUUUUGGCAUCCGGAUCUGACGAUCAUACCAUUAAAAUUUGGAGUGGAAAAUCUUCAAAUUCUAUAAUAACUUUGAGCGGCCAUCUUAGUUCGGUUAUUGUUGUUAGAUGGCUUACUCCAACAGGCGUUGUUUCAACUUUAGAUCCAAAUGCUUUUGGAGGUGCACGACUAGCAUCUGCGUCAUUAGAUGGAACGAUUCGUAUAUGGGAUCCUAGUAAAGGUGUUUGUUUAGCAGUUUUAUCACUCCACGAGGGUCCGAUUUUUGCUUGUGAAGUAAGUUCAAACGGAAAACUUAUUGCUUCUGGUGGCUUAGAUGGUGUUUUAAUUAUAUGGGAUGUAUCUACUAUUACAGAGAUAGAGCAGUCUGCAAUCCUAGCUUCUCAGGAGCCUCAAAAGAAGCUUAGCGAUUUUUCUGGAGCAAUUCAUGCUGUUGCUCGAUAUGAAUUAGGGAUUGUUAAUAAAAUGCCUAUUUCUGUGGAUUCGGAUAAUGUUGAAGAAACAAUUAAGCUAUUAACUGAAAAUUUCCCGAUAAUAACUCAAGAAGGUCAGAAAAAUUCACCGAUUCUUUCUGAUUCCAUACCCCCUAUUUAUACGGAAGGCACCGACCAUGGCCAAGAACAAAAUCUGGAACAAGAGAAAGAUCAACAAGAUACAACAUUAAAUUCUAUCCUGUUGCCUUUAUCAGCACCAAAUAAAAUUAAUGAAGAGGAGGAAAAACCGGAGGAACAAUAUGCGGAUCCAAAUUCUCUAACCCAAGAUCAUAUAAAUUCAAUUUCAUGGAGUUGCGACUCAAAAAAUAUCUGUGUUUGUUAUGGUGAACGAUCAGUCAUAGUUGAUACAAGUCAGAUAAUAAAAUAG